AUGAAGGCAAAUUUCGCUCUCGCAGGAAAGCUUGCUUUGCUGCUGACGCCACUGCAUAAGAUCAGGCAUUCAGCCACCAUAUCAGCAUUCAAAAGCGGUCUUCGUCGCACGACCAAGAAAUGCCGGACUACGAACAUCGAGAAGGAUGGAUCUGACGCCGCAGACAAGGACUCAUCCUCAGAAAAACAAAGAUCCGAAGCGUCUCAGUCUCAAACCGGCGGCUACGCUGUAGACUCAGCGCAAAGUCUCAUACCCGAAACCGAGCCAGAUGAAGGAGACGCUCCGGUCAUGUCGCUCGACGAUCUCCCAGACGUCUCAAACCCAGAAGUGGAUAUACUUCACUACAACUUCACCAUGUCCAAAAUGCAGUUCGAAGAUGCACAGCAAAUGUUUCUCGCCCGAGAAACAAAAUUUGACCAAGAGCUCCAGGAACGCGCUGAAAGACUGAACUCCGGUGAAGAAGUCGAGACAAUAACUGAGCUCGAUAUGCGACAGCUACAGGAAUCCAGGCGCUUAACCAGCUGGCUCAUCGAAGCAGAGAAGAAAUACGAUAACGCCAAGUUAGCCCUUUGCGAGGCUGGUGUUCAACCGCUAGGCUCAAACAUCGCGUCUGGUUUCAUCGAUGACGUUGACGAUGGUUAUCGUAUCAGCGAAGAAAAGGCUUGGAUUGUGACUGCGAACUCGAGUCGCUUGCGACAGUGGCUCAGCAAUAUUCCCGACCAGAUCGAGGAUUCAGAGACUGCUGAAGAUCUUCGAGAGAGAGAUUUAGAUCCGUGGACGGCUGAAGAGGUUGAAAUUUGCGAUAGUUGGAGCAUGGUCGCAGACGGAGCUGAAAGGAGACGAAUUGACCGAUGGCGGUCUUUGGUGGAUGCGAUGGCCGUAGGACAGGGUUCGCAAGUCGAUGAGUAG